UCUUCCUCUUGUGUUUAUAAACAUGGUGGUGAUAAUGCUGAGCACAAAUUAAGCUAGCUAACAGAGCAAAAAUCACCAACAAAAAACAAAAAACCCUCCCAAUUAAAAAAGAUCAUCAAAACCAUGGCUGGUUCUGGUUCUCCUUGUGGAGCCUGCAAGUUCUUGAGAAGAAAAUGUGUGAGAGGGUGUAUUUUUGCUCCUUAUUUCUGCCAUGAACAGGGAGCUACCCAUUUUUCUGCCAUCCACAAGGUUUUUGGCGCAAGCAAUGUGUCGAAGCUUUUAGCUCACCUUCCGUUGAGCGAUCGUUGCGAAGCCGCGGUGACAAUAUCAUAUGAAGCUCAAGCCAGACUUCAAGAUCCCAUAUAUGGCUGUGUUUCACAUAUUUUUGCUCUCCAACAGCAGGUGGUCAACUUACAAGCACAGUUAGCUUCCCUCAAGGAUCAAGCAGCUCAAAGCUUUGUCAAUGGCUCUGCUGUAGCAAACCCUAAUGAGAAAUUUUAUGGGAAACUUCCUUCUCACACUGAGGAAGCUCAAAGUUGGUUUCAUGAGUUGGAAAAUUCAUCAAACUCCAUGCCACAGUUCAAUUCAACCCACAUCAAGAAUCCUGGAACUACAUCAUACUAUGAGAAUGAAAUUAUGAAUUCAAAUAACUCUGUUAAUGGGAGUUACGAAAAUUCAGUGAAUAUCCCAGAAGAAAAUGUUUCAUAUGGCAGCUUCGAAGAGGGCACUUCUCAUUCCAUGUCUUCUUUUGGCAUGCAAACAAAUUACAACAGGCAAUGGGGUUUUCAGGAUGCUGAUGAACUUCAAUCAGUGGCUUUCAGCUACAUUCACCAGCAUUCAUGAGGUGACGGCCUGUCGAUGAGUAUACUGGUGCAAGAGUUCUAUAUAUAUCAUCAGUUAAAAUGACUGUGUUCAGUUUUGAAUUUCAUCUCUGCAUACUUAGAAACAUGCGCUUUAAAAUUUGUUGCUGAUAGUUAAGCUGGGGAUUAUAUUGAACCCUAGAAAUGUUAAUACGAGUGGAAACCCUACCUAUUAUAUAUGUUUAAGCUAGUGUAAUUUUUUAUGUUAGUAGAAGAAUAAUAGUUUCAUUUCUCUGAGUCUCUGACAGGACUGGAUAGAUCUCAUGAUAUCCUGAUUGAGCUAUCUUUCUUUGUUUAUUGGACCUAAUGUAGACCUAGAUUUUUGACCUAGCAGUUUGCUUUGUCAAUACCCCUUCAUAUAUAAACCUAGUU